AUGAAAUGCGUGAGGGAUUUGGUUUCAUGGAGUUCGGUUGUCACGUGUUAUGUUGAGAAUGGACGACCGGGAGAAGGGUUGGAGAUGUUGCCUUGGAUGGUUUCUGAGGGGAUUGUACCAGACUCGGUUACGAUGCUUGGCAUAGCUGAGGCAGGUGAUAAAGUUGGUUGUUUGAGGGUGGUGAGGUCAGUGCAUGGAUAUGUGAUCAGGAAAGAGAUGGCUGGUGAUGCAAGUGUGAGGAACUCUCUUAUUGUUAUGUACAGUCAGUGUGGUUACUUGCGUGGAGCAAAAGGGGUGUUUGAAAGUGUUGCUGAUCAAAGUACUGCUUGUUGGACUUCAAUGAUUUCGUCUUGUAAUCAAAACGGACGCUUUGAGGAGGCUAUUGAUGCUUUUAAGAAAAUGCAGGAAUCGGAAGUGGAAGUUAAUGAAGUGACGAUGAUUAGUGUUCUUUGUUGCUGUGCUAGGUUAGGCUGCUUGAAAGAGGGGAAGUCAGUUCAUUGCUUUAUUUUGAGGAGAGAAAUGGAUGGUGCUGAUCUUGAUCUAGGGCCUGCGCUCAUGCAUUUCUAUUCUGCGUGUUGGAAAAUAAGCAGUUGUGAAAAGAUUCUUUGUUUAAUUGGAAACAGCACUGUUGUAUCAUGGAACACACUCAUACCAAUUUAUGCGCUGGAAGGUUUGAACGAGGAGGCCAUGGUUCUCUUUGCAUGUAUGUUGGAAAAGGGGCUAAUGCUUGAUUCAUUUAGUCUUUGCAUGUAUGCUGGUUCAAUACGAUUUGGACAGCAGAUACACGGCCAUGUCACGAAAAGAGGCUUCGUGGAUGAAUUUGUUCAGAACUCCUUGAUGGAUAUGUAUUCAAAAUGUGGUUUUGUGGAUUUGGCAUACACAAUUUUUGAAAAGAUGAAGGAGAAAAGCAUGGUGACAUGGAACUGUUAUUUUGAGAAAGGAAAAUGGAUUCACCAUAAGCUCAUUGUCUCUGGUUUGCAGAAGGAUCUUUACAUUGAUACAUCUCUGGUUGACAUGUAUGCCAAAUGUGGAGACCUUAAAACGGCUCAAGGUGUUUUCAAUAGCAAGUCGAAGAAAAGUGUGGUAUCAUGGAGUGCCAUGAUUGCUGCAUAUGGCAUACAUGGUCAAAUAACUUUUGCCACCACCCUCUUUAGUAAAAUGGUAGAGUCACAUAUUAAACCAAACGAGGUAACCUUCAUAAAUAUCUUAUCUGCCUGUAGGCAUGUCGGAUCAGUGGAAGAAGGGAAGUUCUAUUUUAACUCAAUGAGGGAUUAUGACAUGUAA